AUCUAUUUGUUCUAUGAUCUUGGUAAAGUUAAAGGAAACCGCAGAAGCUUACCUUGGUACAAAAGUUAAUAAUGCCGUAUUACGCAUAAUUAAUGAAGCAACCACGGCGGAUAUUGCUUAUGGUUUGAAUACAAAAGCUUGUGGUGAACGAAACAUUCUUAUAUAUGAUUUAGGUGUAAAAGCCGUUGCUGAUGACACACAUCUUGGCGGUGAAGAUUUCGACAAUCGACUUGAAGUUCUUACAACGAAUGCACGUACUUUCUGUCGAUUAAGGACAGCUUGUGAACGUGCAAAGCUAUUUCGAGAUUCUAAAUUAGACAAAAGUCAAAUUCAUGAAAUUGUUCUAUUUGGUGGUUCAAUACAUAUUCCUAAAAUUCAAAAGAUUGUAUUUGAGUUCUUCAACGCUCAAGAUUUUCUUUUACUCGAUGUCGCUGCUUUAUCUCUGGGUAUUGAAUCUACCGGCGGUAUCACACGCUUAUUGAUAGAUUUACCCGAAAAUCCUAACUCUGUUCUAACAAUACGAAAUUAG